UGGUUCCCCGUCGUUGGUCCAACCCGUUACUAGCCAUGCUCUCCAUCACGACAACGUCGAGUCACAGACGCACAAAAACAAUAAACUAACUUUUAGAGACUUUACGAAAACAAAACCUUUUUCAGUCAAAAUCCAAUUCCCAGCAUCCAAUUUGUCGCCAAAUUUCACUCAGUAGAUCGAAUUCCAGAGAGAAGAAAGGAUGAAUUCAGAUAUUAUGAUCCAAGCUCUUCUCCUUCUAUUGGGAGUAAUAAUGUUCUUAGUAAUGAACAAUUACCCCAGAAAACUAAUCUCAAACAUGAGAUUCAGAAACAAAGCAACCGUACAAGCAAAACGCCAUUUCGUAUUAGGCGCACAGCUCUUAGCUCGAGCAAGAUCUACUCAAAACAAAGCAACAUCAUCAAAUUUAGCUAAAGAAGCUAUCAACGAAGCUGAUAAAGCUUUAUCGUUAGAUCCAAAAGAUGCAGCAGCUCAUAUAUUGAAAGCCUUAGUUUUAGAUCUACAAGGUCAUAAAACAUCUGCUUUAAAGUCACUUGAUUCUGCUCUUUCAUUACCAGCAGUUAAAUCUUUAUCAGAUCGUGAACGUGGUGAUGCUUUGUUUAAACGUGCUGAGUUACAUAUAGAUAUUAAUCGGAGAAGAAGAGUUGAUUCAGCUAUUGCUGAUUUGAUUGAAUCGGUUAAACUGAGUUCAGAGAAUUCUAAAGCCUAUUGUAUUUUAGGUCAGUGUUAUGAACAGAAGGAGAUGGUUGAUGAAGCCAGAGUGGCGUAUGAAAGUGCGAAGAAGAUUGAACCUAGUUCCGUGUUGGCUCGUGAGGGUUUGCAGCGAUUGAGGCCUUGAGGUCUGUUUUUGUUUGUAAAUUAGGCUCUACUUUUGGUUUUCAUUCUCUUAGAAUUUUUAACAUCAAUCUGUUAAAGAUCAUAUUCGUAUCGCAUUAGGGAAAAACAAAAAUCAAGAAUCAUUGUAUAAAAAUGGCCUAUGAUCAAAUUACACUCAUGGUUGCGUUAACUGUGUAAAAUUUGGGGUUUCUAUAACAGUGUAUACUAUCUGAUAAUUUAUAAACCCUGUAAUUGCAACAUUUGGGGUUUCUAGAGGUUUUGUUUUCUACAUAUUGUAUGCAGUUUUGUUUAUCUAAUUGGGUGAACUUUUGAUGAAUG